UUUGUGGUGAGUGGAUGUCGAGUGAAGAUGGGUAAAGUUGUUUACAAAGUAUUACUAAUGCUAUCAACGAUAGCCUGUGUUUAUUCACAAUUUAACUUUCACGAAGACAAACCCGGAUCUUGUCCACCGCCAUUACCUGUGCAAAUUUGUUCUAAGCCAUGCUUGGUUGAUGCACACUGUCAGGGAGCUGGUAAAUGCUGCCCGACAACCUGCGGAGGAUUAAUUUGCUCCAGACCUGUUACAACAAGAUCCGAGGAGACCGAAAAACCGGGAUCGUGUCCAGCAGUUCCUACCGGCCGUUGGGUUUGUUCGCCGACUUGUACUAUUGACAGCGACUGUCAAGGCUCUAGGAAGUGCUGCAAGAACCGCUGCGGCGCCUUAGCUUGCCAGAAACCGGACAUUAAUGUUGUUGAAUCGGUUGAACCAACAGUUGAUCCGAAGCCUAAUGUUAUUGAUAGAGAUUUGUCUGGAUUCAAUCCUAACAAUCCAUUUUUGUUUGAUAGAAGUACCAAUAAUUAA